UUAAGCCCGUUGGCCUUUUACGGGGAACUUCAGAUUCAGAAUACUAAAAACACACUCGAUUACCUUAGGAACAUCCAGAGCAUACGUAUAUCAAGACUGACGCUCAUUAAUCGUUGUAAGAAUUAAAAGAAGAGAAGUGGGUAUCAGUUUUUGCAUACGGUUUUGUAAUAACUGGUAAGAGAAGCUGUUGGCCUUCUUCGCCCCAGAGUGAUAAACGGGCUAGCGUAUUGGGUAGUGUUAAACCUCAAAGACUCCAAUAUGGGUUUCUGUUUCAGAGGAGGUUUUACUCAGUUACAGCUAUGGCAGCUUCCAUGUUCUAAAACUAUAAUUCCUACUUCUAAAGGCGCAAAAAAAUAUCCCAACUUUUGGUUAUGUAGAGAAAUGCAAACCUCCACACCCACAACUCAAAUUGAUAAAAUUGAAAGUGUUGGUGCAUUUCAAAAACUACCUCUGGUGAUGCCUUCGGUUGAUAUUUUGUUUUCGGCUUUAAGGAAGGCCAAAAGAGUCUCACCCACUAAAGGCAUUGCUAAUAUUGCAAAGAGAGAGAGAAACAGAGCUGCAAAGCAACUUGAUGCACUGAUGAAAGAAUUAGCGGUUCCAUUGAGAAAUUAUCUGCAAAAUUUUCCCAAUAAAAAUUUUUUGCAUCCUUACGAAAGAUCUCUUAUUGAGUUGACACUUGGGGAUGGCAUAUAUGAAGAGGUUUUAAAUAAAGUGGAUGCUCUGAGGAAGAAGGUGGUAUCUGUUGGGAAGGAACAUGCUUCUCUAUGUGCUAAGUCUUUAUCUAAGCGAGAAGCAGGUGAACGGUUGAGUGAGGGUAUGGAAAGACUCGAGGAAAUAUUUAACCGUGAAGGAAAAGCUGUUGAUGAUUUGUUGAAUAUUGCUAAGACUUUGCGGGCCAUGCCAGUCGUUGAUCUGGAAAUGCCAACUCUCUGUCUUGUUGGAGCUCCUAAUGUGGGAAAAUCAUCUUUGGUUCGUGUACUCUCUACAGGAAAACCUGAGGUUUGCAAUUACCCAUUUACGACUAGAGGAAUUCUAAUGGGCCACAUUACUCUAAGCUAUCAGCAUUUUCAGGUGACAGACACACCUGGCCUAUUGAGGAGAAGUGAUGAUGACAGGAAUAAUUUGGAAAAGUUAACACUUGCUGUCCUCUCACAUUUGCCAACAGCGAUACUAUUUGUCCAUGAUCUGUCUGGAGAAUGUGGAACCUCACCUUCUGAUCAGUUUAAGAUAUACAAGGAGAUUAAGGAGAGGUUCAGGGAUCAUCUGUGGAUUGAUGUUGUCUCAAAAUGUGAUCUGCUGCACACAUCUCCUGGGAUUUACAUCACAGAAGAUGAAGAUGGAGAGCAUCUUGAAAUGACAAGUUAUCGGAAAAUGGGACCUGAUGGAGCAAUCUGUGUAUCAGUCAAGAAUGAAGAAGGGCUUGAUGAGCUUAAAGAUAAAGUGCAUGAGCUACUGGUUGCACAGAUGGAUAGAAUUGGAAGUGGGAGCAGUAGUAGUAGUCUUGAAGUUGUUACAUAAAACAUUCCUCUGUAUCUGCAAGAAGAUUCAGGUUGAUGAGAUCAUCACUCACUGCUGGUUCAAACUCAGAUAUGUUGAAGAGAUUGAGCUUUGGUGUUAUGUUUUUGCUACCUCCUUCUCGUGGAGUUCACGAGAUGGGUGAGGAAGAGAGGGUUGAGUCCAAAUCCUAUUCGGUAAAGAAAAAAUUACAUCAGAUUUGGUGACAGGUUUUAUGCUACAUGAUGUGUUUUAAAAUAAUAGAAGAAUUUUUUUUUUCUUGGUAUUGAAAUGGCAGGAGUUGAACUAGUGGAUAUAGAGAGGGAUGGCCAAUGGCAAUACUUUCAGAUUGUUUGAGUUCAUGUGUAUUUUCAUGUUUUACGAAUCACUCAAUACAUUGUUUUUAUUCUAUUCUACAAUUACACUAUCUGAAAUCUGGAUAUGUCUGUCCUACUA